AUGUACUUUAGAAUAACUAUAAUGUAUUGUUUCAAUGCUGUAGAUAUAGAUGAAUGUGAACUGGGCACAAGUGGCUGUCAACAAAGGUGUACAAAUGAAGUGGGAACAUUUGUGUGCUCAUGCAAUGAUGGCUAUGAAAUAGAUAAAGAUAAGCUUAAGUGUUAUGGUUAGUCUGAAUUUUAACUUGUGUAAUGUGCUUUAACUGGUAUUAUUAUUGCAUUUGACUUGAAUAAACCUUUUUAUUUUUUAAAAAUCAUUAUUAUAGCGCAUUAAGUACAUUACAACUUUAUGGAAGAUAAUAAAGCUAUAAAUUUUAGAUAGAAACCUUCUUGGGCUCCUAAGUAUUUCAUAUGGAAGUUCUAAAAGUAAAUAUUAGAAGAGAUUUUUUUAAAAUUUUAAAUAAAAUUGAUUUUGAAUAUGUAGUUUUCAAAAUUUAAAACCUUUAAAUUUGUGUUUGUGUACUCAAUAUUUAUAUGACUGUUGCAUCUUUCAUUAUUUUAUUUCUUUCAAUCCAAACAUAUACCUUAUUGUCAUCCCUAAUAGAAUCAGCCAGUUACAGUCUCCAAGUAACGCUUGACAUGGAUGUAUCAGGAAAAAAUCUUAAAGAGCAACAAGGAAAAGCUUAUCUGGAACUCAAAGGGUUGUUAGAACCUGUGGUGAGUUAAGUCAGUGAAUGUUGUUGUUUGACCAUUAUUCAAUCUAGAACUCAAAGGGUUGUUAGAACCUGUGGUGAGUUAAGUCAGUGAAUGUUGUUGUUUGACCAUUAUUCAUGAAAUUUUAUAUCCCUGAAAUGUUAAAUUCAAGCAGAGGCAUGCUGUUCCUUGUACUUUCAAUAUAUGAUGAUAAUUAUAUAGCCUAAAAGUUUUUCAAAUCUUAAGCCUUGUCUAAUGUGCUGUAAAUAGGUCUCACAUGCGCUCUAGUAAUAUUUGAAAGUAAACUCCAAUCCUGACAUUACUGGGGCUAACAAUCAGUUUCCUUGAGAGCAGCAAUAUUUUGACAGUUUAUAUUUGAAAAUCGUUUGCAUUUAUUGAGUUUUGUAGAUGCAACAAUGAGACAUUGAUUCAAAUUUUAGUUUUGUAUAUAUUUUCAGUUGAAGGAGAAAAUCCAAGCUGAGGUUCAAGGGCUCAGAGAUGUUUUCAUAACUAAAUUGAGGUGGGUAAGGCUUAGCAGAUUUAAGGGAACUGAAUUUUAAUAUACUGACAUUAGCUUCUUCUAUAUAACAAUAGUUUUUUUUACUACAUUUAGUCUUAAGUAUAAACAUAAUUUAACUUUUAAUCUUGAAAAAAAUUGAUAUUUUUUCAAAUACAGUACCCCCAAGUAAAGCAAUGUACCAUUUUAAGCUGUCAUAGCUAUAGUGUAUGAUCUGUCUUCUACAGACAUGGCAGUGUUAUAGUGGACCUGUCUGUUAUUAUUGACAUCGUCACCUCUCCCAAUGCUUCCAGUAAAAUGGUGGAAGCAAUAAUGAAAAUUGCACAAGAGGGUUUGCUGGUUAAUGGAACACACUACAAAGCUGAAGUUAAGGUUGGAAACAUAACAGGUACAAAUGGCUAAAUGCAUUCAUUUGAUAAAUGUAAACUUAUGGAUACAUUGCGUGUCCAUAAAUCUUAAUUAAUUUUAAUUUUGAAUUUAUUAACUAUAAUUGUAGAGAUGAUGAAGUAUUUGGCUUUUUAGAAAUGGCUCACACAAAAAUGCUUCCCUUUAUAAGAAAAGCUUCUUUAUAUAAAAAAAAUGCUUUUCUCAAUGAAGUUUUUUGGCACUAUCUUAUGCUGAAAAUCUCUUGUUAUUAUACAUAACAUAUCUCAAUCUGCAGUGCCUCCUAUCCUUGAAAAAUGUACCAUUUUGAACGCGAUAGAGAAUUGUACGUCUGACACAUAUUGCAGCAUAAACAAGGAUGGUGAAGCUUAUUGCGGGGAAGCACUAAUAAAGAGGUAUUAG